AUGCCACUGCGCCGCCUCGCUCCUCUCCUAGCGAGCCCGCGCCGCCGCCUGCGCUCCUCCCUAAACCCUAGCCUCGCCGCCAUGUCCCCGGCCGCCGCUCACCUGGCCACGGCCGCCGGCCCCGACGAGGACCUCUGCGCGAGCGCCGCGGGGUCAGAAGCGGAGGACCUCGCUCCGGCCCCGCCGCUCCCGCCGCCGCCGGUGUCCGCGGAGGAGCGGGUGGAGCGCGCGUGGGCGCACUGGAGGCGGCUGGGGUCCCCGCGGCUGCUGGUGGCGCCGAUGGUGGACAACUCCGAGCUCCCCUUCCGCAUGCUGUGCCGCCGCUACGGCGCUGACGCGGCGUACACGCCCAUGCUCCACUCACGCAUCUUCUCCGAGAACGAGAAGUACAGGUCCAUGGAGUUCACCACGUGCAAGGAGGACCACCCACUUUUUGUUCAGUUUUGUGCCAAUGAUCCUGACAUUUUGUUACAAGCUGCAAAGAUGGUGGAACCAUAUUGCGACUAUGUUGAUAUCAAUUUUGGUUGCCCACAGCGUAUUGCAAGACGGGGUAACUAUGGAGCAUUUCUCAUGGACAACCUUCCCCUUGUAAAAUCCCUUGUGCAGAAUCUGGCAGCUAAUCUUCAUGUUCCAGUCUCAGUUAAGAUUCGUGUAUUUCCACGACUGGAAGACACAUUAGCCUAUGCGAAGAUGCUUGAGGAAGCUGGCGCUUCUCUUGUGGCUGUCCAUGGUCGGACAAGAGAUGAAAAAGAUGGGAAGAAAUGUCGAGCUGACUGGGAUGCCAUCAAGGCUGUGAAGGAUGCUCUUAGAGUACCCGUUCUUGCAAAUGGAAACAUUCGCCAUAUGGAGGAUGUGAAGAACUGCCUGGAACAUACUGGUGCUGAUGGCGUGCUUUCAGCUGAAACUCUUCUAGAAAACCCAGCACUUUUUGCUGGUUUCAGGACAAAGGAAUGGAAAGAAGAUGGUGAUGAGAAUGGAGAUAGCGGUUUGGACCAGACUGAUCUAGUGAUUGAAUAUUUGAAGCUGUGUGAGCAGUACCCUGUGCCAUGGAGAAUGGUUAGAUCCCAUGUCCACAAGAUGUUGGGGGACUGGUUUAGGGUGCAUCCAGAGGUGAGGGAGGAACUCAAUAAGCAGAACAAACUCACCUUCGAAUGGUUGCAUGACAUGGUAAUGAGGCUGAAGGAGCUCGGUGGAAGAGUACCACUUUACAGAAAGGAGAGUGCACUAGAGACAACAUUAGAUGGGCUAGCCUCUAGCAAUGCCUGA